AUGUUAGUAAGAGCAGCAUUUCGAAGCUCGAGACACUCAAGGCACUAUUUAAGUAGCGCCAUUCCUGGGCAUUUAGUAGGAAAUUUUGGGCUUAGAUUCGUCAAAGGGCCAUUAUUUUACUCCACAUCAACAUCAACUUCUCAGUCUAAGACUUUAAAACCGUCAUCAUUUGCUAAUCCAAAGGAUCCCAAGCCCACGUCAACACCUUUACAAAGUAAGGAAGUUCCACAAGAAGAUAUAGAUGACUUUGAAUUUACCAAGCUUGUAAAUGGAAAGACGGACAGGCAGAUUGCCGUCACGAAACGAGCAUGCGAUAAAUUGAUCAAGAUUGCUCAAGAGGAUAAGAAUCCCACUACAGCAUUAAGAAUAUCCGUGGAAAGCGGCGGGUGCCAUGGAUUCCAGUAUAAUUUAUCGUUGACGGAUGUGAAGAAAGAAUUGAGUGAACAUAAAGAUCUUUUGGUCUUCAAACGGAGUGAUGAAGGAUAUGAUGCAUUUGUUAUAUUGGACGACUCUUCUUUAGAAAUUUUACAAGAUUCGAAGGUUGACUACACGAAGGAAUUAAUUGGAAGUUCUUUCAAGGUUGUCGACUCUCCUUAUACUUCAACUGCGUGCGGUUGUGGGGCUUCAUUUGACUUUGACUUUGACAAAUUAGAAAAGACUAUGGCUAAGAGACAUAAUAGUACAUAG